AUGGGUAGUUUGAGGCAACAUUUCCAGAGGUUCCUGGAGCAGAAAAACAUUGUCACCUAUGUCCUGGAGAAGCUGGAGGAAAUCUCCAGUAUCAAAAAGUACUACCUGGCUAUAGGUACCAUUACCUUCUGGGCCCUCUAUCUCCUGUUUGGCUGUGGUGUCUCCCUGCUCUGCAGUCUCAUUGGAUUCAUCGACCCAGCAUGUGCCUCCUUCAAGGCCAUUGAGAGGCCCCACAAAGAUGACGACACCAUCUGGCUAACCUACUGGGUGGUAUGUGGCAGUAUUGGUCUGGCUGAGUUUUUCCUGGACAUCUUCCUUUUCUGGUGCCUCUUCUACUAUGUGGGGAAGUGGGCCUUCUUGCUGUGGUGCAUGCUUGCAGUGGCCUGUAAUGGCUGGCAGAGCCUGUAUCAUCACCUGAUCCACCCCAUCUUCCUGAGGCACGAGGCUUCCAUGGACAGCCUGGUGACUGACCUGAGCGGGACGAGCCCUGGACACGGCAGCCUAUUUGACCCGGGAAGCAUCCAAGUCGGGCAUGACUCACCUACAGAAGAAUAA